AUGUCCUUUACCAUGAAGAAAAUCUUUGGGGCUAAGGAAAAGACACCCUUGGGUUUCUGCGAUGCCCCACAAAUGACUGUCUCUGAGUUUUUCUUCGGUGAAAAUCCAAACUAUCCGAAAUACCACACAACCUACAGACCCAACGGGCAUAUCCACCGGGUUGCAGCUGAGGGCGAUGCGGCCCGAAUGGAGAUUCUCAUCACACUUGGACAGUGCAGCGUGUACGACAGGGACCGAAAAGACAGGACAGCUUUGCAUUUUGCCUGUGUCUAUGGCCGGCUACCAGUGGUGACUGCUCUAGUGAACAAUAAUUGUGAGAUCGAUGCCUUAGACAAGAACCACACCACACCUCUGAUGAAGUCUGUCCAAUGCUGGAAGCAGAAAUGUGCAUCUGUGCUGCUGGAGCACGGCGCUGAUCCGAACAUUAGCGACAACAGUGGCAACAGUGCUUUGCACUAUGCUGUGUACAACGGGCACGAGGAGAUGGCAGCCCUACUGCUUCAAUACAACGCUGAUAUCGAACAAAAAACCAAGGAUGGCUUCACACCACUGUUGCUGGCACUCAGAGAAAAGCGGGUGGAAGUGGCAGAGUAUUUAGUAAGAAUGGGAGCAGACAUACACGUUGUAGAUGACCUGCAAAGAAACACCUUGAUAUACGCUAUAAGAUGUGGAUCAAAAGAUCUGGCUGUAUUACUCCUUGAGAAAGGUGUUGAUUUCUUCUACAAGGAUGUCUUUGGGUGGACAGCAUUACGCUACGCUAUUGAAGGCCACUGUGCUUUUAGGCAGACACUUCUGGAUUUUGAAGAAAAUCUACAUAGUAACAAAAAAGAUAACGAGCCAGAACUAGAAGUUGAGCCGAAAACCUCCUGCAUUUUAGCAGAACAAACAGAUGCUGGAAAUAACUCCUUAGCCAGGGUCUCCCGCUGUCCCAGCCCCGAGACUCCCGUGCUUACCGUGAAGGAAGAUGAGAACAGUCAUGAUACCAGGAGUAACUCAGAGAGUGAGCCUUCUAACUGUGCUGGCAAUUCACCGGCGGCUAUAGACAAAAUAUUUGGAAACAGAGGAAAAAGAACUGUGGAAGCAUGGGUUGAGAAAGAUCCAUCUUCAAAGUCUGCCACUGAAGUCCAAGAAUUUGUUACAAAUGAAACAGUAGAAAGGAUAGAGCUGUUGCCGGGCAUAUCAGAAACAGAGUUAGAACUGAUGUCAGUAGAAGAAGAUGUAUCUAAGGAAAGUGAAAAUGACCAGCCUUUGAGUGAAUUGGAGCAUCUUCCACGGAAAAAGGUUGGCCAUUUAGCUGGUGCAGGACAUCAGACGGGAAAAAUUAUUAUAAAUGGACAAAAGAAAGAGUCUGACGAGGAAUAUGCUCAACUGACGACUCCUAUUGAAAUGAAAGACCCUGUUUCCAAAGAACCACGGAAAACAAAGAAUGUACCCACCUUCAAACCAGAGCCAGACUUAGAAGUGACACUAAAGGAAGAUCACAAUAGAUUUGACAACAGGAGAAAUACCCAGACAUCGAGAACCCGCAAGGAUCCCCCCAAAAUGUCUGGUAACGUAUCUGUGGCAGCAGAUUCGAGAAGAGAAAGGACAAACAGAAAAGCAGCAGAAUCUGCAAAGGAUUACCCACCCUUGAUGCCUACCAAUGAAAUGAAGGAUUCUAUUAUGGAUAAAGUGGUACCCAUGAAGGAAGCAGGGAUAAUACAGUUGGAAGGGCCAGCUGUAAAAUUGAUAUCAGAGGAAGAACCAAAUAGUCAAGAUGACUUUGAAAGGAAUCCACUACCGAAUAUUUGUAAGCAAAUCCCAGCACAAGAUACUGGCUAUUUAUCAAUAGCUAAAUAUCAAAGAGGAGAAAGAAUGGUGUCUCAGGAAAAAGAGUUUUCUAAGGAAUGCCCCCAAUCAAAGCCCACCAUUGUAAAGGAAGAGUCUGUUUCGAAGGAGGCCGUGGAUAUGAUUCCUGUGAAAUCAUUUUUAGAAGAUACUCCUAAAAACUAUCCUCUAUCAAAGCCUACAGUUGAGAAAAGUGACUAUGUUCCAAAUGAAGUCUCUGAUAAAAAGCAUGGGAAAUGGUUCCAAGAAAACUGUCCUAAGGAAUGUGCUCAGUUGAAGCUUCCCACUGAAGAGAAAGAUUCUUUUCCAAGAGAAGCGCCACCAGUUAAGCAAGCAAAAUCAUACUGUGCAGAUGAGCCUGCAUUUGUAAAGAAUUCUAGCAGAAUUAAAAGAUCUGCAAGACAAAAUGCAGACUCGUCGGUAAAAGUGACAUCAGCGGAAGAUCAAAAAUGCCUCAAUGACCAUGAGAAGAAUCAGAGAGUGGCUGUGUCCAAACGACCUCAACCAAAGGACAUUGAAUAUUUAUCCAUGGCUAAUGAUGAAAAUAGAGAAAAUUCUGCAGAAGGCCAAGAGGAAGAGUCUUCUGAACAACAACUUCAGUGGAAGUCCACACAGCCUACAACUGAAGAAGCUUCUUCUCCAAACAAAGUAUCAGCAACAAAUCCUGUGAAAUCCUUCUUUGCAGCAGAACCAACUACAAAUGUAUCAGAAGGAGAACGAGAAUGGUGUAGUAGCAGAAAUACGCAAAGACAGGGCACUGGCAAUUUAUUUUUGACUGAAGAUCAAAGGUAUGACAGCAGCAUCCAAGAUGAAGAGGAAGACUUUCCUGAAGGAUAUGUUCAACUGAAGCCUUUGGAUAAAGGGAAAACUCCUCUUCCGUGUGAAGCACCAGCAAAGAAAGAAGUGAAAACCUUUGGCAUAGAUGAGAAUUUGUCAUCAGAGGAAGAGCAAGAAUUGCUUGAUGAUAGUGAGGAGGAUCCUCAACCAAAGGACAUUGUGCAUUUACCCACGACUAAAGAUGAAAGAAGGGUAAAUGUCACAAGCAGGCAAGAGAAAGGCUUUCCCGCUGAAUAUCCUGAAUUAAAGGCUUCCAUUGAAAAGCAAGAUUUUGUACCAAUCGAAGACUCAGCAUUGAAUCAGGAAAAUUCAUUCUUGGCAGGACCACAAACUGAACAUCUGAGGUCAGAGGAGGAACAGACAGGAUGGUGUGGCAGUGACAAGAAGCAGAGGAAGCAGGCUAUAUUUGAGAGACUUCAAUUGAAGCGGAAUGCUCGAGUGUCAAUAGAUCCCCCCAAAAUUGUAAAAAAUACAAGAACUGCUGAAGACAGAGGAGCCACAACAGUCCAACUAAGGCCAGAGGAAGACCAGACAGGAUGGUAUGCCAUUGACAAGAAUCAGCAAAAGCCCAUCGCUGAGCGAUUUCAACCAAGGUGGAAUUCUCCAGUGUCUUUGAAUCCUGAAGAAAGAGGAGAAAACAUGGGAGUCGAUGAAGAGAAGGGAGCCACAACAGUACAACUAAGGCCAGAGGAGGACCAGACAGGACGGGUUGGCAGUGACAAGAUGCCGUGGAAGCCCCUCUUCGAGCGGUUUCAGAUUAAGUGGAGUGCCCGAGUGUCUGUGGGUCCCGAGAAGAGCAGAAGGCGCAGAAGAGCUGGUGAAUACAAAGUAGAACCUACUAUACAAGUUUCAUCAGAAGAACAUUCAAGAUGUCAUGGAAGUGUGAAGAAGCCACGGUUGCUUAUCCUGGAGAGACUUCAACGAAAGUGGAGUGUUCGCGUUUGUAUGGAGACAAAUCAGAGGGGAGGCAAGACAAAAACUGCUCAGAUGACAGACUCUUCUGAUGAAUAUCCAGAAUUGAAGACUACCACUGAGAAGCAGGAUUCUGUACCAAUUGAAGACCCAGUAAUGAAUCCUGAAAUGUCAUUAAUGGCAGAAGCCGACUUACAAGUGAAAUCAAAGGAAAAGAAACAAACUCAGGCCUAUGAAAAUAUUCAGUCAGUUGGCAUUGGCCAUUUGCCCAUGACUGUGCAUCAAAGAAGCAAAGCCAUUGCAAGUGGAGAAGAAGGAGAGUCAGACCUAAACAUGGCAUCAGGGGAUGAGCAAAGCAGGUGUCACAGUAGCGAGAGCAGUCAGUCGUUGGUUGAGGGAAAAAUGAAGAACCAUGAAAGCAAUGGAACAGACAGAACUGAAUAUCCCUAUGCUGCUGCUGUUGGUGGUGGUGCUGCUGCUGGUGUUGCUGGUGGUAGUGCUGCUACUGUUGGUGUUGUUGGUGGUGGUUCUGCUGCUGGUGCUGGUGAUGGUGGUGGUACUACGUCUGCCAUUGCUUCUGCAACCAAUGAACUGGUCCUACAGAGAAAAUCUGGUGAAAUUAAUAACCAGAAAUGUCUUAUUAAGGAGAAUGCAAAGCAUGAUCGGCCCCGAAAGAAAACAUCUAAGGAAAAACAUAAGGUAACAAAAGAAGUCAGAGCUAUGGGUGAUGUAACUCAGUUAUCAGAAUCAAUCUCAGAGGAUGAUUCUGGAUUUAAAAGACAGGAUUCACUUAACUCGUAUAACUCAUCAAUAGAUCUUAAAAAAGUUAAUGAACUACUUAGAAAAAGAAAUAAGAAAAUAGAAAAUGAGAAGAAUGCCCAAAAGAAGGAAAUGUCAGAAACAAGAGAGGAGAAAUCAAAGUUAGAGCAUGAAAAGGUGCAAGGGGAUGAAGAAUUCUGGAACCUGAGGUUCACUCUGAGAAAAGAACUCGAGGAGUCGAGGGAUAUUCAUUGUAUUUAUGAAAUUUUGAAGAAACAUUUAAGUGAAAAAGAAAAGCAGCACAGGGCGAGAGCUGCCGAGACUCAGUCCGCAAUGCGCCUGAGGACACGAGACCUGGAACUGAAGAAUGCGAGGGACACCCUGAAGGAGUUGCAAGAAGCACAAGAUCAACACAUUGGGGCUAUAAAAAUUGCCCAGAAGUUGAAAGAUGACUUACAAAGGGUCGAAUAUGAGAAUUCUGAGUUAAAAGUUAAAGUUAAAGAGCAAGCUAAGAAAAUCGAAAAGCUUAGCGGAUAUCUGCAAAACUCACGUGAAAGACCAGAGCGAAGCUCAAAGCCGACACAGGCAGGAGUUCGAGAAACUUUGGAGGCAUUGUGUAAGAACAUUUCUCCGAUGAGUCAGACGGGAGUCAGAAUCCAAAGUCUGCAGUCUGAACCCUCCCAAAGGAAAACCGUACAAGAUACAAAUCCAAGUGGCCUGAAAAGUUAUGAGCAACAGUGUAUAGAAGAAUUAAGGAUUAGCAAUGCAUUUUUAUAUGAACGAUACAAUCUCUACAGGAAUAGGAGGCUAGAGGAAUCCCGCACAAAAGUUCAAAUCACAGUGGAGCAGGGCACAACUCCUCUGAACACAUCAGAAACAAAGUUCGCUCUUGAAAGCCCUUGUGUGGCCUGCACUUGCCCCCACCGAUAUUUCUUCCCGCGUGAGGCUGUGGUUCUCCCAGGAAACCCAAGGUCUUCUAACUACUGCUCGCAAAGCUACCGGAGGACGAUGGAAGAUGAGGAAAAAUCAGUCAAAGAACUUACAGAAUUAAAACAGUCUUUAGAAUGUAAGCUGUAUCACCAGAAGAAGAAAAAUGAUGAAAUAGAAAAGGAGAUUAUUGGAAUUAAGAAAUUUUUGAAAACGACAAAAAUUGGGCGUAAAAUUGGAGAAUGUAGUUCUCAUGGCCAUUAA